AUGCGUCUGAUUUUCACCCUCGCCUUUGCCGCGACGCUCGCUUUACUCGUCAGGUGCGCCUACGACGGCGCGCUCGUGACCUCAAGCAACCAUGGCUAUCAGAUGGGACGAACUGAACUUCCAGGUACUCUGGCCAGCCUUCUUCGUGAUCCCGCUGGAUGGAUGGGUCCUCGCACCUACCCUCAGGCCGAAGUGGUGCCCAUCGCCACACGGGCUCAUCCGUUCACCGACCAUCAGGUUAUGCAAGCGAUUCGGAAUUCCGCAGAGACCCGGAACAUGAUUGUCCUGGGUCGACCUUUUCCCGACAGGCCGGGUAGACAAGGAUUCGCGGCUGCUGUUCACAUACCUGCCCCCUACGAUAGACCCAACAGCAAAACGUUCGCUCUGGUCUCGGUUGAUAGAAGUGCUACCUUUGAUCCUCGCGUGCACAUCAACGGUUUCGUCACCGUGAACAAUGCUCCAGGGAUCGAGCACGAUAUUGCAGGUCAUUACUUCCCGCGUAGCCAGAUCGUGGAGCCGGGUAGCACGCUGACUGCUCGUGAGCUUUUCGAUCACCUUCCUCGUUGA